UAAAAAAAAUUUUAAAUAAUGCAGUUUUAAAAAUUUAAUUUUUUUUGCAAUGUGUGUGAAUUAGUGAUCGAAAUUUUAUUAACGCCGUAUUCGUAUUAAAAAAAGUGGACUUGAGAAAAACAAAAACUGGUGUGCACUUUGCCACUGUGUGCCAUUAUGGUCAAUAUUUGAAGGGGGAGCAGUUUUUUUUUCUGACAUUCGAAAUUUCUAACUAUCCAAAAUGAAGCGCGGUGAUAAAGAUCGUAAAGACAUGAAAAAAUUCACGUUUAAAGGUGUACUUGAUGGAUUUCGGUCUAGUGUUCAACAAUCAUCUAGACCCGAUCAAGAAAUUCAUGAAACACUCCGUUCGGAACAUUUUGAUGUGAAAAAGACAUUUCGACAUGGAUUUCCAUUUCAACCUACAGCAAUUGCAUUUGAUCCUGUACAGAAAAUUUUAGCAAUUGGUUCAAAAUGUGGUUCGCUUAGAUUACUAGGAAGACCAGGUGUUGAUGCACAUGCGAAACAUGAAUCACCAUUAGCAACAGCGGCUGUGAAUAUACCUGGUGCUGAAGGACCACCACCCACAUUAACAUGUGGUGCUGUACUACAAAUACAAUUUUUGGUAAAUGAGGGUGCAUUAGUAACGGCAACAGCCGAUGAUUCAUUACAUUUAUGGAAUUUUCGACAAAAAGUACCGCAAGUUGUCCAAAGUUUAAAAUUUCAGCGUGAAAGAAUAACUUGUCUUCAUCUACCAUUACAAAGUAAAUGGUUGUAUGUUGGCACCGAACGAGGGAAUAUUCAUGUGGUCAACAUUGAAACAUUUCAAUUAUCUGGCUACAUCAUUAAUUGGAACAAAGCAAUAGAAUUAACACGAAAAACGCAUCCUGGUCCCGUGUUACAUUUAAGUGAUAACCCAGCAGAUCCUAGCAAGAUAUUAAUUGGAUAUGAAAGUGGUCAAUUAGUAUUAUGGGAUUUACGAACAAAAAUGGCUGAUUGUCGUUGGCAAUCACCAGAUGCAAUGCGUUCAGCUGCAUGGCAUUAUGAGGGCAAACAAUUUAUGUCAUCACAUGUUGAUGGUUCAUUAAUAACAUGGACAUUACGUCAACCAAAACCAAUCAAUGUAUCAUAUCCACAUGCGAAAACCAACAAAGAUGGAAAAUUAGAACAAUGUAAAGCAAUACAAAAAGUUGAAUGGAAAUCAGCGAGAAGUGGAGAACCAUUUGUAAUAUUUAGUGGUGGUAUGGCUAAUGACAAAGCCGGUCGGACACCAAGUAUCACUGUUGUACAUUGUAAAACGACUACUGUCUUAGAAAUGGAACAUAAUGUUGUUGAUUUUAUUACAUUGUGUGAAAGUCCGUGGAUUAGUGAUUUACAGGAACCUUACGCAAUUGUUGUUCUUCUUCAUAAUGAUUUAGUUGUAAUCGAUUUACAAACAACCGGAUUUCCAUGCAUAGAAAAUCCUUAUCCAAUGGAUAUUCAUGAAUCUCCGGUCACGUGUUGUUCUUAUUUAGUUGAUUGUCCGGCCGAUUUAAUACCUGCUUUCUAUUCGGUGGGUACGCAUAAUCGAGCGGGCUUUUCAAAACGUGAAUGGCCAAUCAAUGGUGGUGAAUGGUCGUCACAAUCAGCGUGUAGUUAUAGCGAAAUUAUAAUUACAGGACAUGCGGAUGGCAGUGUAAAAUUUUGGGAUGCAAGUGCGGGUACAUUACAAGUAUUAUAUAAAUUAAAAACAGCAAAAGUAUUUGAUAAACAACGGCCGCAAUCCAUGGAUAGUGAGAAUGAGGAUCCGUUUGCCGUACAAUUAAUAUCAUUAUGUCCAGAAUCUAGAAAAUUAUGUGUAGCCGGUGCUGCCUCAUAUGUGGUGCUAUUUAAAUUUAAGAAAACCGAAGCUGUGACAGAAACUACUUCAUUGGAAAUUCCAAUUAUUUAUGAUAUAAUCGAAGAGGGUGAUUGUAGUCCAGAAUGUGAAUAUCCUCCUUUAACAAAUUUAAGUUGUGGUGUAAAAACGGAUAGCUCAGAUAGCGAUGAACGAAAGGGUAAUGCGCCACUUUUAAAAGUAAGACCAGGUCCUAUAAAAAAACCAGCAGGAUUCCAAGCGCAACUGGUAUGUCUAACGCCUUAUCAUCAAGGUCAACCGCCUGGGAGGAUAACAGCAUUAGCAAUAAAUAGCUCAUAUGGAUUAAUGGCGUAUGGAAAUGAAUCAGGUCUUGUCAUUGUCGAUAUCGUACAAAAAGUUUGUUUAUUAAAUAUUGGGUCGCCAGAUUUGUAUGGUGCCCAAGAUCCCUAUUCCCGAGCACCACGUAGUCCAAAGCGUGGGGGUGCCAAUGAUGGUAGUCUUGCGGCGGAACGAGAAUCUUCGGGGCAAGCACGAAGUCCCAGCAUUGAUCAGGUUCUACGUGUACUAUCAACAACACCAGUAGAUGUCCCUAGUGCCCUUUGCCCUACCACGUCUCCUAGUCCUGUACCGUUAUCAUCAGAAACAACACCACCAGAUCAUUCCGAAGAAGCUAUCGAAGAACUAAUUGAAAAUACAAAUUUACCAACAACGGAAGAAGAACCAAAUGCACAACCAAGUCAAUCAAGUGGUGCUCGUCGAAAAUCUGUAUCAUGGAAAACAUUUAAUUUAAAACGGCAAUUAUCUCGUGUUGAUAUGAAAUUAAAAAGUACAUUCGCACCACCCCCCGAACGUGAUAAGGAUGUUGUUCGAAAACUUUCACAACCUCUACAAUCGAAUUCAGUAUUUUAUACAAUGUCUGACAAUCAACAAGAACUUAGUGGGAGUGGUAAUGGAGGUAGUGAUGAGUCGAAUACAAUAAAUAAUAAUAUACCACGUUCUUUAUCACCUGUUGAAACAUCAGAAUGUUCAAGUGAGACUGUUGAAUGUGAUGCUAUUGAAGAAUUACCGGCUGAUGUCGUACAACUAUCAUCGUACGAUAACAGUACUUCUGUUUCACCAAUACUAACUCCCGAACUAUGUCCAUCAUCGCCAACAACCGAAUCAAUUAUUAAACGACCUGAUAAUUUAGAAUUACAUGAAGUUGAUCAGCGACCAAUUGCACCACCUCGUUUCAAACGUGAUCAAAGUCGAAAACAGUUCAAUGAAAUGAUCAAACAACGUGAUCAACGAUUAUUAUCUGUACCAAAUAUAAAGUAUACGAAACAAGAAUUAAUUCGAGAUUUACGUCAUCGUGAUCGUACCGAUUCGAAUACAUCAACAUCUGGCGGUGGAGGAGGAAUUGGACAACAACAAUCGUUUGCUGGGAAUCUUAUGCGUCGUUUCACGGGCUGUUUUACAGCUAUGAAAGAUAAACUGGAUAGUUCGUUCUCUCGAUCCCGUUCGUCAAGUAUGAGUUCAUUAGAAAAUAUUUCAUCAGAAGCAAUACAGUGUCUGGCAUUUGCUGAUUCAUACAGUAAAAAAUCAGAACCAACAACAUCAGUUCCAACAUUAUGGGUAGGAACUAGUUUAGGGUCAGUAUUAUCUGUUCUGCUUCAACCACCUGAACCUGAAUGCAGAUCUUCACAGCCAUGUUUGGUGUCAAUAUGCGGUGGACCAAUGUUUCGAUUAAAAGGAUCAAUAUUAACAAUGUCCUUCUUAGACUGUAAUGGUGCUUUAAUUCCUUAUACAUUCGAAACAUGGCGUGAUGAAAACAAGGAACGUAAAGACAGAACGCCAACAAAAUCAAAUCGACCAAGUCCAACAUUAAAUGAAUCACGACCUAAUUCAGCUGAUGGAUUAAACGAUAGACAAUUUGUAGUUAUUGCUAGCGAAAAACAAGCCCGUGUUGUUGCCUUACCAUCUCAAACAUGUAUUUAUCGUCAACAGAUCUGUGAUACAGAUUUUGUAGUGAAAGCAGAAAUUGUUUCAUUGCGAGAUAGCGUAUGUUUGGCUUGUUAUGUAUCGUCUGGGAAAUUAUUGGUAUAUAGUUUACCCAGCUUACGACCAUUAGUAGACACUGACUUUUUACCAUUAGCUGAUCUUAGUUUCCAGACACCUUCUAAACAAGGCAUAAUUGACCCAAUGUUGUCUAUUUGGGGACAACAAAUCAUUGUAAAUGAAGAUGCUGACCAAAUUGCAAAAACAUUCUGCUUUAGUAAUCGAGGUCAUGGUUUAUUUUUAUCGUCACCAUCCGAGUUACAAAAGUUUACACUUUGUUCCGAAUUUAGCCAAAGUUUGAACGAAAUGAUGGGAGAUCUAUUUUUAGCAUUAGAUAUGCCUGAAGCGCCUAAAGAGAGUUUCUUCCGUGGAUGGUUUGGGGGAGCUACAAGGAAUUUAGAUAGGGAAGAAUUAUUUGGGGAAGCUAGUGGAAAAGCAUUAAAAACAGUAGCCAAACACAUUCCGGGUCCAAAUGCUGCAUUGCAAGACUUAAAUCAACGAGCAACAAGUUCAGCAAAUGAAAUUAGUCGGGCCCAUCAAUUAAUGUUAGAACGAGGUGAUAAAUUAUCACAACUAGAAGAACGUACAGCCCGUAUGGCUGGUGAAGCAGAAUCAUUCUCUGGUACAGCACACAAUCUUAUGCUUAAAUAUAAAGACAAAAAAUGGUAUCAGCUUUAAUAUGUAAAACACUACAUUUGAAAAUUGGGAUUUUUAAAUAGAGUAUCAGAAUUGAUACAAAAUCGUAAGCUUUGUACAUUCGCUGAUUGAAUCAUGGAGAAAAUAGUCAGUGAAGAUUUUAAAAUUCGUUAAGAAAACAUAAACACAUUGUUGAACACAUCUUAAUAAGAAACAAAAAAUCGUAUACAACCACACAAAAUCACAAAAUAAAUGAGAGGGUCUUUAUCCAAAAAUUUUUGAG